CGGGCUCCGUUCCCAGGAGAGGCUGUUUUCCUGCUGGUAACAGUAUUUGACGGUUAGAUGCCGGAGAGAAAUGACUGAGGAGGAGGCAUUUGCGUUUAGAAGGUGAAAAUUCAGAAGACCCCAAGAGUAUUGUGCCUCCUCAUACUGGUGGUCUGUAGCCAGACAAUUCCUAUUUCCCCUGACAGGAGUUUCUAAGCGUUCCAUGUCUCUUUGAUCAAAUCCCAAGGAGAUACGUUUUCAUUUUCUCAAAGAGAAGGCAAGAAAGUUGUAGCCAGUGGUAUAUACCAUCAUGGAGACUGAGAGCCAUAACAACCCUCAGGAAAGACCCACACCCUCUAGUAAUGGGAAGGCUUCAAAGGAUGACAAUCAUUUGUUGAUUAAAGCUGUUAAAGAUGAAGACAUUGAGUUGGUCCAGCAACUGCUAGAAAGAGGGGCUGAUGUCAAUUUCCAGGAAGAAUGGGGCUGGUCGCCUUUGCAUAACGCAGUGCAAGUUGGCAGAGAAGACAUUGUGGAUCUUCUGCUUAGUCAUGGUGCUGAGCCUUGUCUGCGGAAGAAGAAUGGCGCCACUCCCUUCAUCAUUGCUGGGAUUGUUGGAAAUGUGAAGUUGCUCGAACUAUUACUUCCUAAAGUAGCAGAUGUCAAUGAGUGCGAUGUUAAUGGCUUCACCGCUUUCAUGGAAGCUGCUGUGUAUGGCAAAGUCGAAGCCUUAAGGUUCCUGUAUAGCAAUGGAGCAGAGGUGAAUUUGCACAGAAAGACAAUGGAGGAUCAAGAGAGGAUUAAGAAAGGAGGGGCCACUGCUCUCAUGGAUGCUGCUGAAGAAGGGCGUGUAGAUGUCGUGGAGAUCCUCCUUCAUGAGAUGGGGGCGGAUGUCAAUGCCCGGGACAAUAGGGGCAGAAAUGCUUUGAUCUAUGCUCUUCUGAACUCUGAUGAUGAGAAGGUGAAAGCCGUUACUCGCCUUCUGCUGAACUGUAAGGUUGAUGUCAAUGUGAGCGGGGAGGGAAGGAAGACGCCGCUGAUCUUGGCAGUGGAAAGGAAGAACCUGGAUCUGGUACAGAUGCUUCUGGAACAAACAGGUAUAGAGAUCAACAGCACAGACAGUGAGGGUAAAACAGCACUGCUGCUUGCUGUCGAGCUUAAGCUGAAGGCAAUUGCCCAGUUGCUGUGUCACAAAGGAGCCAGCACAAAAUGCGGGGACCUUGUCGCAAUAGCGAAGCGCAAUUAUGACUCUGACCUUGCAAAGUUUCUUCGCCAGCAUGGAGCCGUAGAAGACGUUUGCCCUCCCGCUACAGCCUGGAAGCCUCAGAGCUCACGUUGGGGGGUGGCUCUGAAACAUCUCCACAGGAUAUACCGCCCUAUGAUAGGCAAACUUAAGAUCUUUAUUGAUGAAGAAUACAAAAUCGCUGACACUUCUGAAGGGGGCAUCUACCUGGGGUUCUAUGAGGAACAAGAGGUAGCCGUGAAGCGGUUCUAUGAAGGCAGCACACGGGGACAAAAUGAAGUCUCUUGUUUGCAGAGCAACCGAGCCAACGGUCACGUGGUGACAUUCUAUGGCAGUGAGAGCGACGGGGGCUGUCUGUAUGUGUGCCUUGCCCUGUGUGAGCACACGCUGGGGAAUCACUUGGCUGAGCACAGAGGAGAGGCUGUGCAAAACAAGGAAGAUGAAUUUGCCCGAAACAUCCUCUCAUCUCUAUUCAAGGCUGUUGAAGAACUACACCUGUCUGGAUACACUCAUCAGGAUCUGGAACCACAGAACAUCUUAAUAGAUUCCAAGAAUGGUGCUUGCCUGGCAGAUUUUGAUGAAAGCAUCAAGGGGACUGGAGAUCCACAGGAAAUCAAGAGAGAUCUAGAGGCCCUGGGACUGCUGGUCCUGUAUGUGGUAAACAAGGGAAAUGUUUCUUUUGAGAGGCUGAAGGAUCUAAAAACUGAAGACUUGAUUGAACAUUCUCCAGAUGAGGAAACUCGGGACCUCAUUCAGCAUCUGUUAGUCCCUGGGGACAAUGUGAAGGGCCAUCUGAGUGGCCUGCUGGCUCAUCCCUUCUUUUGGAGUUGGGAGAGCCGCUACCGGACCCUCCGGGAUGUGGGAAAUGAAUCUGACAUCAAAAUACGAAAUACUCAUGGCAAGAUCCUCCAGCUUCUGCAACCUGAAACAUCUGAACUUUCCACAAGUUUUAACCAGUGGACAAAAAAGGUUGAUGAAUUUGUGAUGGAAAAAAUGAAUGAAUUUUAUAAAAAAGGAAAGACCUAUCAGAACACUGUAGGUGACCUGCUGAAGUUCAUUCGGAAUUUGGGAGAGCACAUUAAUGAACAAAAGAAUAUAGAGAUGAAGUCAAAAAUUGGAGAACCUUCCCAGUAUUUUCAGGAGAAAUUUCCAGAUCUGGUUAUGUAUGUCUAUAAGAAACUACAGAACACAGAAUAUGCAAAGCAUUUUCCAAAAAAUCUCAAUCUGAACAAGCCAACAUGUGAUGGAAUUGGUGAUGGUGAGCAGGCUGGCCAGCCCUAGUGCCUUUUGAAUUCAGGGAGGUACAGUUUUGCUGUGCGAGUCACAACUGUCUGGGCCUCUUGAUUUUCCAUUUUUAUUUUUUGGCCAUGCCAUGCAGCACGUGGGAUCUUGUUUCUCCCACCAGGGAUUGAACCUGGGCCCUCUGCAAUGGAAGUGUGGAGUCCCAGCUGCUGGACCACCAGGGAAUUCCUUGGGCCUCUUGACUAACCUGGUUGCUUGUGAGUGAUGAAUUGGAUAGCCGAUGUGUCAAUUCCUGGUGCAGUGCUCAACAUUCUCCAUGUUUACAACAACAACAACAACAACAAAGAGCAUAUGCUCAAACUACUGUGAUCCUUAGUAAAGCUUAGUGGCAGGAGCUGAGAGGGCAUCCUGCUAAGAUGGCAUCCUCUUGCCAAUUACACCAAAGGAGUGAGUUCCUAGACCCCUAAUGCUUUAUUUUUACAUCAAUUAUCUCAUGUAAUUCUUCCAACAACCUUACAAGAUAGGAUUAAUGUCUGCAUUUAGGAACUGAAGAGCCUGACAGACUCAGGGAGUUUGAACAACUUGACCCAGCUUAUACAGCCUGCACAGAGUGCCAUAUAAAUAGAUGUGGAGUUACUGUUAACUCUCACUUGGUCACCUUAUAACUUAAUGACUAGCUCAGAGCUCUUCUUCAUGAAACCCAGAAAGAAUAGGUCAAAGGGACUCUAGGUGGUUCAUUCAUUCCAUGCAUUCAUUCAUUAAUAUUUGUUGAGCUCUAACUAGAAUGUCUGAAAGUGAAAGCGAAGUCGUUCAGUGGUGUCCGACUCUUUGAGACCUCAUGGACUGUAGCCUACAACGCUCCUCCAUCCAUGGGAUUUUCCAGGCAA